UUCUGAAACUUCUUUGUAAUGUGUUCCAUUGGAGACGCCGGUUUGUGCUGUUGUAUUUUCUCUCCUAGUGCAGUGGUAUCCCUUUUCACGCGAGGUGCACUCGGUUUGAACGGUCGCUUCUAGCUUUCAUGCACAGCGACACAAAUCCCGCGUACGGCGGUCGGUGGUUGAAACAUGGCACUCAAGCUAGCGAUCGGACUCUCGGAGGACGUUCUCAAUGGAACCGUAUUGUGAAAGUACAGCGUUAAAGGAAGUGUGUGCGUUUCAGAUAUGCUACGGUAGGGAGCACCGCAAGAAGCUAUCGCGAUAGCUUCUGCUACCGAACAAGCCCAGACUGCCCUGAUGUGAAUGAUGCAGCAACCGCACCUCGAUAAUGCGGACACGACCAAUAUCUCGCUCUCGAGCAAAGCGUUGGACGAGCAAAGCAUGAGUGUUCUCGACGAACUCGUGGACGAUGUCAUUCUCGGUGCGUGCUUCGAAGUGCACAGGUCCGUCAAAUUGGGCAUAUUUUUUCUGGACGAAGCGAAGGACGAUGAGAAGAAAUAUGAAAUAGUCGAUGAAGUAGGUUUAGAUGUGUUUGGCCAAGUUCCACUGAAGAAGCAGUUUGAAUGUGUCUGUCCAAACUGUCAGCGAAACUUAGCAGCAUCACGCUUUGCUCCGCACUUGGAGAAGUGCAUGGGCAUGGGACGGAACAGCUCAAGGAUAGCAAGCAAAAGGAUUGCAAACAGUGGAAAGGCAGAAAGUGAUGUAGAUGACUAUGACAAUGACAGUGAUUGGAACUACUCAUCUGACAGAAAGUCUUCCAAGAAAAGGAAAGACAAGAACUCCCCUCGUAGGAUCAAAGGAAAGUCCAAAAAUGGCGAACAGUCGGGCAGCAGCAGCGUCGUUGAAGGCGCAAACACAAUCUCGAGCUAUGAACCCCUCUCUAUAGAGGAAAGAAAGGCUUUGCUGACUCAGAUGUGUGGGGUCAUCUCUGAGCACACCAAGAAGAUGUGUACACGGUCGCAGCGUUGCCCUCAGCACACGGAGGACCAACGCAAGGCAGUUAGGCAGUUCCUCUUGGGUCAAAGCAGCGGGACUGCACCCGUAGCGGAGCCGGCGGACGAGGUGCACAUCGACGUGGACACGUUUGACGAGUCGGAUAACCACUCCCUCCACGAGGUCAUUGGCCAGAUGUGGGAGAACGUUAGCUCAACCAAUUCUUCCCCCGCCGACAGCAGCUACCAGAGCAACAAUGGCUCGGUGGUCAAGAAGAAGGACAAGAGGCCCUUCAGCAGCAGCGCCCUGAAGAAGUCCAAAACGAGGCCCGGCGGCAGCGGCCCUUCCAGCGCCGCCGGCGGGGACCACGUGGCCUCAGACUUGCUAUGACCUCACCCACUUACAAUCGCUCCAAGCAACGUGCCCGUGUGUGUGCCCCAGUGCCAAACGCAGAAAAGUUCCUCCGCGCAGCGGGAGAGCCCCGCCCCCUCCCGCCACAGCUCCAGUCGCACCUCGUGGGGGACAACACCCGUCUCCCGCCGCCUCCCGGUUUAGUCAGGAGGGGGCACUGCCGGCCGCGGCAAAAGCUUUGUUGGACUACGGGCGCACCAGUCGCCGAGGCAGCUCCGAACGCUAGUAUUUAUCGCCGUGAUGGUUCCGUGUCCCAUUCCCCUUGUGCAUGUUUGUUUGUUUAUCGUCUGUCUGGUGUUGCACGUGACGUGAGCCGUGUCUUCUUUGUUGUACACCUUCUAGUGAUACUCCACCCCAAAGUACCGUGGUAAAUUUCACCCGGUCUCUCGGGCCAGCCGUCUUUAAAAGAAAAAAAAAAAAAAAAGGAGGGGGGCAAACCCCAGACUCAGGUGUGACCGCGUUUUCCAGGGAAGGCCAAUUGUGUUUUGGUUUAGAGUCUGUGAUAUCUGCAGCGACGCAACACCUAGGCUGACUUCUUGCGUGUUUUGUGUUAUUAAGGUCACCAAUCGAUAAACUGGAGUGGUUCUAGAAUCUCCGCGGAAGCGGUGGUGGUCCCAACUGGGCCUGCCCCUCAUGGGCGGUGGGCAUCCCGGGAUCCUGUAGCUUUGUGCUUUUUCAGGUUCCAGAAAAUGGAGGCUGACAGUGUAACUGACAGCAAAACAAACCUGGAUAGUCUUUAAAUUAAAGAACAAAAGCGUUACGCAUUACAUGAUGCCUUUCUUUUUCCUUGGGAUGGCAAAUCGAGUGCUUUCUUUUCCUCAAAAGAAGCAUCUGCUUAUGUCUGAAUGGCUCAGGAAAGAGUACCCUAACAUCGUUUAUUUGUUUCUUA